UUGACUUUGAGAGUUUACAAAAAGCAACUCAAUUUCAAAACAUACACAUGUUAGUUUUUAAAAAUACCUUAACUAUAUAACUACUGCUAUCUUCAACAUUAAUCAAAUUUAAUUCCUUGAUGAACCAAAGUUCAUUGAAUAAUCUCUACAACUUUUGCCAACUUCUAAAAUCAUGCAUUGCUCAAAGAAAUCUAUUAACAGGCAAAUCUCUUCAUACCCUUUAUAUAAAAUCUAUAAUCCCACCUUCAAUCUAUCUUUCCAAUCACUUCAUCAUUCUUUACUCAAAAUGCCGACGCAUUUCUGCAGCGCGCAACGUUUUCGACGCUAUACCAUACCCAAAUGUCUUCUCCUACAAUGCAAUUAUUGCUGCAUAUGUAAAAGAGGGUCAAACCAGGAUUGCCCACCAACUGUUCGACGAAAUUCCUGAACCAGAUAUUGUGUCUUUUAAUACCCUUAUUGCUGCUUAUGCUGAACGAGGGGAUACAUGGUCUGCAUUUAGACUUUUUGAUAGAAUUAGGGAGAUGGGUGUUGAAAUGGAUGGGUUUAGUUUGUCUUCCAUGAUUUCGGCUUCGUGUAAUGAUGUUUUAUUGAUUAGAGGGUUGCAUUGUUUGGUUGUUAAAGGAGGGUAUGCUGCUUUUUAUGCGUCUGUUAAUAAUUCUCUUGUUAGUUGUUAUAGUAAAAAUGGGUUUUUGGAAGAGGCUAAGAGGGUGUUUUGUGAGAUGAGUGGGAGGGAAGACGAGGUUUCGUGGAAUGCUAUGAUCGUUGCGCAUGGACAGCAUAAGGAAGGAAAGAAAGCUCUUGAGAUGUUUCAGGAGAUGGUGAAGAGGAAUAUGUAUGUUGAUAUGUAUACUUUAGCUAGUGUACUGACUGCAUUUACGAGCUUAGAGGAUCGGUUUGGUGGUCUUCAGUUUCAUGCUCAGCUGAUCAAAAUGGGCUUUUGUUCGAACCCACAUGUUGGGAGUGGGCUGAUUGACUUAUAUUCUAAAUGUGGGGGGAGUAUGUCGGAAUGCAGGAGAAUAUUUGAGGAAAUUCCAGAGCCUGAUUUGGUUCUGUGGAACACUAUGAUCUCUGGAUAUUCUCAGUUUGAUGAAUUAUCUGAAGAGGCUGUUGCGUGUUUUAGAGACAUGCUGCGAAUUGGUCAUCACCCAGAUGAUUGCAGCUUUGUUUGUGUCAUUAGCGCAUGCUCAACCUCGCGUUCCCCUUCUCAUGGAAAACAGAUUCACUCAUUAGCUUUGAAGUCUGACAUACCAUCAAAUCGAAUAGCUGUAAACAAUGCUUUGGUAGCAAUGUAUGCAAAAUGUGGAAAUCUAUAUGAUGCAAGGCGGUUGUUUGAUAAGAUGCCAGAGCAUAAUGUUGUCUCUAUAAACACCAUAAUUGAUGGUUAUGCUCAGCAUGGGUUUGGGAGCGAUGCAUUGCAGCUUUUCAAUUGGAUGCUUGAAACUGAUUAUACACCUACGAAUAUAACCUUCAUAUCUGUUCUUUCAGCAUGUGCACAUACAGGGAAAGUGGAGGAAGGCCAGAAAUAUUUUGACAUGAUGAAGGAGAAAUAUGGGAUUGUUCCUGAAGCAGAGCAUUACUCUUGCAUGAUUGACAUGCUGGGUCGGGCUGGGAAACUACGUGAAGCUGAGCAGCUGAUUGAGUCAAUGCCGUAUAACCCAGGUUCUAUUGGCUGGGCAGCUUUGCUUGGGGCCUCCAGAAAGUAUGGCAACAUCAACUUAGCUAUUAAGGCGGCCAAUCAAUACCUUCUGAUGGAUCCUUCAAAUUCUACUCCAUAUGUCAUGCUAGCAAACAUGUAUGCUGAUGCUGAAAGAUGGGAGGAUUAUGCAAAGGUCAGGAAGCUUAUGCGAGACAAAAAUCUUAGAAAGAAACCAGGUUGUAGUUGGAUUGAAAUAGACAAAAAGAUUCACACUUUUGUUGCUGAAGAUGCUUCACACCCUAUGAUAAGAGAAAUAUAUGAUUACUUAGAGGAGAUACUAUUAAGGAUAAAGCAUGCUGGUUAUGUGCCAGAUCUACGAUGGGCAUUGGUGAAGGACGAUGGAGCAGGAGAUGCAGUAAAGGAGAGGAUGUUGGUUCAUCACAGUGAGAAACUAGCAGUUGCAUUUGGGCUUCUGUCAACUAAAGACGGAGAUCCUAUCCUUGUAGGAAAGAACCUAAGAAUAUGUGGUGAUUGUCAUAAUGCUAUAAAGCUUAUUUCUGCAGUCACCGGAAGGGAGAUAACUGUCAGAGAUACCCGAAGAUUUCAUUGUUUCAAGGAUGGAAAAUGCACAUGCGAGGAUUACUGGUAGCACUUGCCAAUAUUGUUACCUUCUUGCUGUUUAGUAUAAUGGCAUUUAAUUUGAAAUUUCUACAGCAACAUUAAUAUUCGAUUAUAAGGAGAAUCUUCUCUUAUUGGCUGAUAUUGUGCCGGUUACUGAUUUAAGAUGUAUGGAGAUUGGGGAGCAAAAGGCUAACGGGCUCUUCUGUGUGUUGUACUUGGAGAUGAAUUAAUUCUCAUAUUUCUAGCGAGUUCAAUCACUAGAGAUAGCAUUAUAGCAUUGUUGGAGAUAUUUACAGGAGCUGCAUGCCUACACCCAUGUUUACAGCAGAAGGGAAAGUGAAGCAGGUUUAUUGUAACAAUAGACAAAGUAUUUACUACCCUGGUUAGUUCCUUACCACUCUGGUUUGUUUACCAAGUAGAAAACAUAUUUUAACCUCAGAUUGCUUGCUAAGUUCAGCGGUGUGUCACCCAUGAAACCUGUGAAUAUGUUUUAAGUGUUUUUAGACAUCACUGAAACUCUCAAUUUUAGAUAGAAGAAUAAAUGAACUCAAAACGAGGUUCUUCAGUUUGCAUUAUCUUGGAAAGAAAUCAAAAACCUGAUUAUGUCAGCCUGUCAGGUGUAGUUACUGGACGGUCUACGCAAAAUUAGUACAGAUAUUAGAAUUAAAUGAAAGUUUGAAAGUCUUUACUAAUUAAUAGGUUACGUCUUGUAAAAUGUUAUAUACUGGCACAUUUAAGCUAACUAGUAACUUCUGUGCUUAUCUUAAAUACUACGUAAAUUUUGUUAAAGAGGAAGUAACUUGUGUGCUUCAAACUUGAAAACAAAUUUUGCUGAGUUUUAUGAUAGUACGAAUUUAGUUGAUGGAUAUUGAGUUUUGUGAAAACGAAAUAAGGUAUUUAUAAUUCCU